AGUCCUUUGUCUCGUGGCCCAAUUUCGAAUCCCGUUAGCGUUCCUCGGGGCCCACUGAGCCUCGUGCUUGCACGCAGUCGCAUCAAAGCUCGAAACUCUAGCGUCUUCCACCGCCCGAGCCCCCGCCGUCGAUGGAGAAGGCGAAGCAAUACCUCGCCGUCAGCGACGAGGCGUCGGAGGCGGUGUCGCGCCUCGCCGUCCCUCCCCGUCGCGCCGGCGACAACCCCAGCUUCUACGAGAGCUUCUCCCUGAGGGGCCUCCGGGUCGACCGGGUCGAGCCGGGGCUCGUCGUCUGCUCCUUCAAGGUCCCCCCUCGCCUCGCCGAUAGGAAUGGGAACUUGGCUCAAGGCGCGAUCGCGACCAUGGUCGACGAAAUCGGGUAUGCGGUGGUGCACGUCGAGGGUAUUCCCAUCAGUGUGUCGGUUCACAUGUCGAUCUCGUACCUCUGCGCAGCCAAGGUCGAUGAUGAGCUAGAGAUUACUUCAAAGGUUUUAGGGCAAAAGGGGGGCUAUUCUGCAACCAUUGUACUCCUGAGGAACAAAGCGACCGGGGAGAUAAUUGCUGAAGGUCGUCACUCGUUGUUCAAUGCACAUGCGAGCAAAAUGUGAGCACAUUUUUAGAGUUGGACCCGAGGAAUGUGGUCUAACAUGCGGAUGGCGACAGAACACUGUUCUCACGUAUGCAUUAACCUGAAUCCUGGACGUGUGCCUUUACUAUGGAAUGUUAGUUGCAUCAUUGGAUUGAACUCCUGGGACAUCCUGUAGUUUUGAAUGUCACGCGAGUGAAGUUAUUUUCGGCAUGUGCGGCUUAUUUCGGGUUUCAGGAUGUGAAAAAAAGGCUCAGAUGGGGGGCAUCAUGUAUGUGCUGUAAGUUGUAUAUACGGAAGCUUUGGAUUGGUCAUAUCUGUAUCCUUGGUUUUUCUCGA